AUGGCUUUGGCGCUGCGGGGUCAGCGGGCCGUAGCGCUCCUGCACUUCCUUUGCUUUCUCUGGGCGGUUUUCGCCCUGAGCCAGAAUUUAGGGGUGCCCAGGUCGGUCCGCAAAGAGCAGGACAAGACCUACGCCGGACAAUGGAAAUAUCUCACCUUCCUUAACCAGGUUCUACAGACAAUACUUUAUGCACUGUGUAGCCUAAUUGAUGUUGUUGCUCUGUGUAUCCCUUCCAAAGAAAAGCGUGUCUCCUAUGUAGUGGUGCCAAUCAGAGAUUUUAUCUUCUCUGCAUUUGUUUUCCCUGUUGGCUUAUUUGUAGCUGUUGCUUUUUGGGGCUUGUACGCAUAUGACAGAGAGCUAAUAUACCCAGCAGAGUUGGAUGCUAUCAAUCCAAGUUGGCUUAAUCAUUCUAUGCAUACUACUAUUCUGCCACUACUUGUAGUUGAGCUUGUUAUAUGCGCACACAAGUAUCCUCGUCGGAUGACAGGGAUUUUGGGACUUUGUGCUUUCGCAGCAGUAUACCUCAUGUGGAUAUUUUGGGUGCACCAUGUAGGUGGAAUUUGGGCAUAUCCCAUUUUAGGAGUGCUUGGUCCAUGUGAAAAGGCUAUAUUUCUCAUCUGUGCUGUUUGUGUAAUGAUAACCUUCUACUUCCUUGGGGAGCAACUAACUAAAUGGUUGUGGGCAAAACGUAGGAAGAAGUGCACAUAG